GCCUGCACAGACUCCAAACUGCAAGCAUGAAUCGUCUGCUGAUUUUCGCUGUUCUUGCGCUCACCGCGGUGUACCAGGUGUCUGGUGUGCCACGCAAGCCUGAAGAGCCAUCCAUCAGCGCACACUGUGGUAUGCUUCUGGAACUAAGACAAGUAAUGUUGGAUAACCCGGGACUGGACAAGAGAUCUCCCAGAAAUUACUGGUGUGGCACCACCCUUAACAACAGGAAGAGCGCCCUCUGCAGCUGCAACCACCACUCACUCCUCAGCGAUGAGCUCAUUGAGUCUAAGGAGGCCAACAGCUUCCUGAAGCGAGGCAUCGAGAAGAGGAGCCUGACUGAGGAGUGUUGUCACGAAGGAUGCUACUACGAAGAGGUGUACGAGCUCUGCUAAAGCGGGUCUAGCGAACCGCACCUGCAGCCCCGUCGGCCUCUACAGACUAAACUAAAGAAAUAAGAUUUAUAUAGUUCGAGUUAUAUGGAAUUGAUGACGAUGGUCCCCUCUUGUAUGCGUUUGGACAGCACUUAUUUGUGCACAUAAUCCCAAGUUAACUAUAAGCAAUUGUAAUAAUUGAAACCCAGCUUGGUAGGCAAAAUGGUCUGGAACCUACCUUGGGACCGGAGAUCAAACCUUUGAAUAGAAAGGCCCUUAUAAUUUUAAAUUCUCAGACGCUUCCCCCCAAUUUGUCUCUAAAUGUGGCCGAAAGUGCCUUGAAUUUUGAAAAGAAACUGCAGCGUGAUAAAGUGUUUACAUAAACUGGAUUCUUAAAGCAUCUUCGUGAAGUGAAACUUACUGAAAAAUUACAAUAAGUUGUCACAUACAUCCUCACUGACACAUUGCUUGUUCUUUUUCUGUGCAUAAACACUGUCGCCAUGUUGCAGAAUUUGUGAAAAUGGGAAAGCCAUUCAGCUGUACACCAUACAGUCCUGAACCUAUACAGAAAAUGUGGACACAAAAUUUGUUUAUAUAUGUAAAAUUCUUUUCACAGAUAAACCACGUAAUUAUACGCGCUCUGUGCAUGCUCUUUAACAAGUACUAUAGUUCUUUUGCGAGGAUAAGUGAUAAAGAGUGGGCACUAUAUGCCUUAGGUUCGAUGUGCCUGACAAUGACAUUUCGGAAAUUGAUACACAGAAUAAACUCAGGGAUUGGAUCCAGCUUAUUCGUCGACACUAAGCGGAUUAAAGAGAAAAACAGGGAUCAGAUGCUGUCAUGGUGAUAUUAAUUUGUUUAAUUGGUCGUGUCCCUGUGACUUCUUCUGUUUGUUUUGGUACAGUAUUAUCUACCAACUGCUCGUAACUUUGGUUUGCCGUAAUGAAAUCUUCGUCUGGCUCAAGGGCCAAUCAAAAGGACCAUUUUCCAUUUUCGGGGGCAUACUCCCUUUUGGGGGGUUGUGAAGUUUUUUCAAGUAACCUUUUAGAGCCUUUCUUGGGGCGAUGUUAAAUUUAGGAGGGUUUAUCGCACACUUUUGGAAGAAAGGAAAAUAAACUGGAUCAAAAAUUA